GUAACAACUUCUAAUGAGCCUUGCCUACCCAACUUUCAAACCAUAACUUUCUCUUUUCUCCUAUUGGUUCUGUAGUACCAUGCCUUCUAUAACAUGGAAAACCAUUGCAAUGUCCUUGCUAGCUCUUCUUCUGCUAUCUUCUUUAGCUUUCAUAGAAGCUUCUCUUUCUCAGCUUGAUAGAAUUACUCGGCUCCCUGGUCAACCCCAAGUGGGCUUCCAGCAAUAUGCUGGUUAUGUGACCGUUGAUGCUAAGCAACAAAGAGCUCUCUUUUACUACUUUGCUGAAGCUGAAAUAGAUCCAGCUUCUAAGCCUCUUGUCCUCUGGCUCAAUGGAGGGCCUGGUUGUUCUUCUUUGGGAGUCGGAGCAUUUACUGAGAAUGGACCAUUUAGGCCUAGUGGGGAGAUAUUGGUGAGGAAUGAACAUAGCUGGAAUGGAGAAGCUAAUAUGUUGUACUUGGAAACGCCAAUUGGAGUUGGGUUCUCAUAUUCAAAAGAUACUUCCUCUUAUGAGACCGUAAAUGACAAGAUUACAGGCAUAGACAAUCUGGUGUUCUUGCAAAGAUGGUUAGUCAAAUUCCCACAGUUCAGAAACACGAGUUUGUAUAUCACGGGAGAAAGCUAUGCUGGUCAUUAUGUUCCCCAACUGGCAGAGCUCAUGCUCCAAUUUAACAAGAAGAGGAAUCUAUUCAAUCUAAAGGGCAUUGCUCUGGGCAAUCCAGUAUUAGAAUUUGCCACAGACUUCAAUUCGAGGGCUGAGUACUUUUGGUCUCAUGGACUAAUAUCAGAUUCAACAUACAAAAUGUUCACUUUCACUUGCAACUAUUCACGGUAUGUUAGUGAAUAUUAUAGAGGCUCAGUUUCUCCAGUCUGUUCAAGGGUGAUGAACCAAGUGAGCAAAGAAACCAGUAGAUUUGUUGACAAAUAUGAUGUUACCCUUGAUGUUUGUAUAUCAUCAGUUUUCUCUCAAUCCAAGGCCCUUAAUCCUCAGCAAGUUGCUGAGACAAUAGAUGUCUGUGUGGAAGAUGAAACAGUAAACUAUCUUAACAGGCAAGACGUGCAGAAGGCUAUUCAUGCUAGACUUGUUGGAGUUCGCAGAUGGGCGGUUUGCAGCAAUAUAUUGGAUUAUGAACUGCUGGACUUGGAAAUACCAACAAUCACAAUUGUUGGAAAACUCAUAAAAGCAGGAAUACCAGUCUUGGUGUACAGUGGUGACCAAGAUUCUGUUAUCCCCCUAACCGGUAGUCGAACAUUAGUUCAUGGACUUGCAGAGGAAUUAGGAUUGGCCACCACUGUGCCUUAUAGAGUGUGGUUUGCAGGGAAUCAGGUUGGUGGGUGGACUCAAGUUUAUGGUAAUAUACUCUCCUUUGCUACCAUAAGAGGUGCAUCCCAUGAAGCUCCAUUCUCGCAGCCGGAAAGAUCACUUGUGCUGUUCAAGUCAUUUUUGGAGGGAAGACCUUUACCAGAAGCUUUCUGACCACUUAUAUAUAUUGGCGGUCCAGAUUGAGAUUGUAUGUAGAGUUUGAUUUUCUAGAUAUUAAUCAUCUGAGAGUGAAAUUUUCAUUUGUUUGUUGUUUGUCCGUUACAGUCUUUCCAAGCUGUGGAAAGUAAAAAGAAAAAAAAAAAAAAAUGUAUUUUGUAAAGAUCGCUCAAGAGAAGGAAAACCUGCUUUUGUUGUCCA